UUCCAUUGAGGACGCCUGCACUACUGAGACCAUUGCUUGCUUGACGAAGAGGAAACCCUGCUCUCGUGUAUUUAUAAUUUUAUCUCACUCAAACAACUCCAUCUCUCUCCAUCAUCCAUCAGCAAUCGAAGAUUUCUUGACAAAGUCAGGGAAACUGAACGCGUCUUCUUUCAGCACUAACUAGGGGUUUGUUCUUUUCCGCCCACGAUAUGGCACCAGAUUCAGAUAGUACUCUCCCUAGUAGUGGUGGCACCGGAGCUCGAGAGGAGGAAACUGUGAAGGUCCCAUCCAAGGACCUGAAAAAGAAAGAUGACAAGAAGGAUGAGGAUCUGUCUGAGGAAGAUCUGGCUCUCAAGCAGCAGCUUGAGCUGUAUGUGGAACGGGUUCAGGAUCCUAAUCCUGGCCUGCAAAAAGUCGCUCUUGAGAGCAUGAGGCAUGAAAUUCGCACCUCAACCAGCUCAAUGACAUCUGUGCCAAAGCCACUUAAGUUCCUACGACCACACUUUGCAACAUUAAAGGCAUAUUAUGAACAAAUGUCUGAUUCCAGCUUGAAGAUUUUACUGGCAGAUAUUCUCUCGGUAUUAGCCCUGACCAUGUCUGCAGAGGGAGAACGGGAGAGCUUAAAGUACAGGUUGUUGGGUUCAGAAGGUGAUAUUGGGUCAUGGGGCCAUGAGUAUGUCAGGAACUUGGCCGGAGAAAUUGCACAAGAGUAUGCAGACCUGCAGAGUGAAGAUGCCCCAAUUGAUGAUCUGAUGGACCUUGUUCAACAGAUUGUUGCUUUCCAUAUGAAGCACAAUGCUGAACCUGAAGCUGUUGAUCUUUUAAUGGAGGUUGAAGACCUUGACAUGUUAGUUAAGCAUGUGGACAGCACAAACUUUAGAAGAACGUGUCUAUAUCUCACCAGUGCAGCGAAAUACCUUCCCGGGCCAGAUGAUAUGUCAGUUUUGGAUAUUGCACUCACGAUCUACAUGAAAUUUGAAGAAUAUGCAAAUGCACUUCAGAUUGCGCUCUUCCUUGAUAACAUGCAGCAUAUAAAACAGGUUUUUACAUCUUGUAGUGACAUGCUGAAAAAGAAGCAAUUUUGCUACAUCCUUGCUAGACAUGGUAUUACUCUGGAGCUAGAUGAGAAGGUGGCGUCAAGCGAUGAGGAUAGGGAGGCAUUGCAGGAAAUCAUGAACAACACCAAGUUAAGUGAAGGGUAUCUCACCCUUGCUCGUGAUAUUGAGGUCAUGGAGCCCAAAUCUCCUGAAGAUAUAUACAAGGCACAUUUACUUGAUGGUCGGGCUAGUGCUGGUGCAAGUGUUGAUUCAGCGAGACAGAACUUGGCUGCUACAUUUGUCAAUGCAUUUGUAAAUGCUGGCUUUGGUCAAGAUAAGUUAAUGACAGUUGCAUCAGAUUCUUCAAGUGGCAGUUCUUCUGGAAACUGGCUUUUCAAAAAUAAAGAACAUGGGAAGGCCAGUGCUGCAGCGAGUCUGGGUAUGAUUUUGCUGUGGGAUGUUGACUCUGGACUUGCUCAAAUUGAUAAGUAUUUCCAUUUCAAUGAUAACCAUAUUAUUGCUGGAGCACUGUUAGGUGUUGGGAUCGUCAAUUGUGGUAUCAAGAAUGAUUGUGAUCCCGCACUGGCACUACUCGGUGAUUAUAUUAGUAGAGAGGAUCCGACCAUCCGAAUUGGUGCGAUAAUGGGCCUGGGAAUUGCAUAUGCUGGUACUCAGAAUGACCUGAUUCAUGCUAAAUUGUCUCCCAUACUUGGUGAUGCAAAAUCCCCCCUGGAUGUUAUUGCCUUCACUGCAAUCUCGUUGGGCUUGGUAUACGUGGGUUCCUGCAACGAAGAGGUAGCUCAGGCUAUAAUAUUUGCACUAAUGGACCGAAGUGAGUCGGAAUUGGAUGACCCCCUCACUCGAUUUUUGCCUCUUGGCCUUGGCCUUGGCCUUUUAUACCUUGGAAAGCAGGACAGUGUUGAGGCUACAGCAGAAGUCUCGAAGACAUUUAAUGAAAAAAUAAGGAAAUAUUGUGAUAUGACACUACUUUCUUGUGCAUAUGCUGGGACAGGCAAUGUCCUCAAGGUUCAAACUCUUCUUAGUCACUGUGCACAACAUCUUGAGAAGGGUGAAACCCACCAGGGACCAGCAGUGCUUGGAAUUGCUAUGGUCGCAAUGGCUGAAGAGCUGGGCCUUGAUAUGUCAAUUCGUUCAUUAGAACAUCUUUUGCAGUAUGGAGAACAGAAUAUCCGUCAGGCAGUUCCAUUAGCCCUUGGUCUCCUCUGUAUAUCAAACCCAAAGGUCAAUGUUAUGGACACAUUAAGCAGACUUAGCCAUGACACGGAUUCAGAAGUUGCAAUGGCUGCUGUUAUCUCCUUGGGUAUGAUAGGUGCAGGAACAAAUAAUGCUCGAAUAGCUGGCAUGCUUCGCAAUCUUUCAAGCUACUACUACAAGGAUGCCAGCCUUCUGUUCUGUGUUAGAAUUGCUCAAGGUCUUGUUCAUUUGGGGAAGGGCUUAUUAACUCUUAAUCCAUAUCAUUCUGAUCGUUUCUUAUUGUCACCGACUGCGCUUGCUGGCAUAAUAACCAUGCUGCAUGCAUGUCUUGAUAUGAAAGCCAUCAUUUUGGGGAAAUAUCAUUAUGUACUUUAUUUCCUUGUUUUGGCCAUGCAGCCACGGAUGUUAAUGACUGUUGACGAGAAUCUCAAACCUCUAUCUGUUCCUGUUCGCGUGGGCCAAGCUGUCGAUGUUGUUGGCCAGGCAGGUCGACCUAAGACUAUCACCGGUUUCCAGACCCAUUCGACCCCAGUUCUUCUGUCUGCCGGUGAUAGAGCAGAAUUCGCUACGGAGAAGUAUAUCCCUCUUUCGCCCAUUCUUGAAGGUUUUGUUAUCUUGAAGGAGAACCCCGAAUAUGGAGAAGACCACUGAUCAGAAUUCAGAAGAGUGGAUCCCCCAUUGGUUUUAUUGCGACGUAGUCAUUGAGAAAGGAUGCAUGUAAGCGUGCAGUUUAAUUACAAUUGAUUGAGACGAGGGUCGCAUCCGAAAGGCAGCAGAUUAUGAGACCACAUUAAAGCACACUUUUGAAUGUUCAAAGAGGGAAUCUCUACUGAGCCGAAAGGCAGCAGAUUAUGAGACCACAUUGAAGCACACUUUUGAAUGUUCGAAGAGGGAAUCUCUACUGAGCCGGACUCGAGCGUGCCCAGUUAGGAAAAACAUGUUAAUGCUGUUAUGCUACUCUUCUUUGUAGAUGCAUAUUAUGCAUAAACUGAAAGAAGCUCUAGGUUCGAAUCGGUAAUCUUUAAUUUCUCUGUAUGAUUUGUUUUUAUGAGAUUGCUAGCCUAAGACUUUCUUUUUUUUAUACCUCUUGUUGAGGGUCAAUUCCAUUCACUAGCGAGCUUACUAGCCAGCUUAUUCAUGAACGUGCAACUAAUCAAUAAACAUGAUUUUGAAGU